AUGGCUCAGAUAACCUGGCCGACUGAGGUGGCCGCGCCGCGGUACGUGCUUCACCUCUUCCUCCAGCACGACAAGCACUGCGUCGCGAUCGCCCGAGUUGCCGCCGCCGCCGAUGGCCUGGGGCACCGCUGUCUCAGGCCGAAGCCGGGCGGGCCGCCAGCCUCAUCGGCCGAUGCGCCGCCUGCCGCCGCAGAUCCGGAUGCGGCGACGGGAGGCGACGGCGACGGGGACGAGGCCACGGACGAGGAGGGGCCCGAUUGCGAGAUUGUCGAUGAUGGCGCGCCUGGCGUCCCCCGGAUCCCUGAGGUUCUCUGUCCAUACCCUCCCGGGCAUCGGAUGGCGGCUGCGCGCGAGACGGUGGCGAGACGGUACCACAUCUCGAGCCCGGGCAUCAAGUACGACUACGAGUGGCUCCGCCGGUGGGCUGACGAGCCCCGUCUCCUCGCCUCGAUCAACACCAUCCGCCUCCGCCGGCCGCCGAAGUGUGCGCGUCGAGAGUACUACCACAUGUAUGGGUCGUGGCCAUGGAUACAGAGUGCGUUUAAGAAGUACAUCACCGGGGACACGGUAGCCGCAGGCACCCUACCUGCGGCGCACAACUUUUCGUUGGCUGACUUUCUCGGCUUUGUGCACGCCAGCAGUGUUGGAGGCUCCGGACCACCGGUGGCGCAUGCCGGCGAGCUUGGCGGGCAGGCUGCCAAACUUGCCGUACUCGGCGAAGCCCAUCGGGUCCCAGGGCACCGCGCCGCACACUCGGGGUCAGUACAGAACCGAAAAACAUACUAA